AUGCUUUGUCAUGGCUCGAAGUUUGGGGGUGGCGGCCGGAACGAUCGUUGGGGCACUGCUUUGCAGUUAUUACGGGUAUCAUGCGGUAUAGGCGACUGCGUUCUUCGUGCUUACAGUCGACGUGAUUCUACGACUGCUUCUGGUCGUUGGACCCACACAGGGUACCAGCGCCGGGCAGUCGGCAAAGCUCAAGAUACCCGCUGCCUUAUUAUUACUUCGCACUCCGCGGAUGUGGACAGCAAUAUGGGGCUCUCUCCAGUCUUCUCUAAUAUGCUGCGGGUUGAACUCGAGUAUACCACUUUUCGUGCUGCAUAUGUAUGGCUGGAAUUCAGUGCAGGCAGGCGUUUCUUCUCUAGCGCUGGUGGUACCGUCUGUGCUAUCACCACUGCCUUGACCGGCGUUUUCGCACUUUUUUCAGAGAUUGCUUCUUGGUUUGAUGCAGUCUUACUGGCGAGUGCGGGGACAACAAGUUGCCCCGUUCGACUCGGCAAUGGAUCUGCUAUCAUCCAGGUCUAUGGCCUCACUAAAGGCAUGUCUGCCCUGGGGAUUGGCCCGGUUCUCACCAGAUUUAUCUAUCAACGAGCUGCGUGGACGGCACUUGUAUUGCUUCUUGCGUCGGUCAGCAUCGCCAGUACAAUACCGACAGCGUUGUGGAUGGGACGGGAAGUGAAACGAUGGCCAGGGGGGAGAGAAGGUGAAAAAGACGUGGGUGAGCAGGAAGAGGAUGUAACUUACGCUUCGCAGUUCUAG